AUGCAUUUGCAUCAAAGUGACGGUGGAAAUACUGAUUUCUUGCCCUACCUGUCGAAACAGCUGCGUGCCUGCAUCGUCCUCGCCUUGGCCACCAGCGCCUUUGCUGGUCACGUUGCUGGAGGUUACACCCUCGCCAGCAACCUCGGUUACGGCCUAGGCUACGGAAGCCUCGGCUAUGGCGGUCUCGGCUAUGGUGGCCUGGGUCUCUCCCAUUACGGCCUGUCCCAUGGAGUCGGCUACUCCGGCCACACUGGCCAUGGUGUUGGUUACGGAUACGGAUAUGCCCCAGCCGCUAGCUACGCCGUCGCUGCCCCAGCUGUUACCGGAACCGUUUCCACCUACCACGCUGCUCCAGCUGUGACCGCUGUCCACGCUGCCCCAGCCGUUACCGCUGUCCACGCCGCUCCAGCUGUCGCCACCUACGCUGCUGCCCCAGCCGCCGCACCAGCUGUCACCUACGCUGCCGCCCCAGCUGUCACCAGGGUGGUGCAGUCCACUCCAGUUGUCCAGACCUACGCCGCCGCCCCAGCCGUCACUCGUGUCGCCACUUACGCUGCCCCAGCAGUGACCAAGGUUGUCCAGUCGGCUCCUCUUGUCCAGAGCUACGCCGCUGCCCCAGCCGUGACCGCUGUCCACGCUGCUCCAGCUUUCGCUGCUGUCCACGCUGCCCCAGCUGUUACCACUGUUGCCCACGCUGCCCCAGCCGUCGCUACAUACGGCGUUUCCCACGUUGCCCACGCUGCCCCCGCGGUGGCUACCUACGGCGUUGCUCACGUUGCCCACGCUGCUCCAGCCGUCGCUGCCUAUGGUGUUGCUCACGCUGCCCCAGCCUACUACGGUUACGGUGUUGGCUCCCUCGGCUACGGUGCCGGCAGCUAUGGUUACGGUCAUGGCCUGCUCGGCUAUGGCCUGAACUACGGCUAUGGCCUUGGCUCUCCUCUCAGCUACUCCACCCUCCUCCGCAAGAAGAAGUGUGUGAUCUACGAUGUUGACUUGACAAUUUCGAACUCGGACCUGCCAAUUCUGAUCAAACCGGCAUACGAAGAAGUAGUCAUAACGGACGUAUGCCGACUCGGCAACAGCCGUUGUGUGAAGAUUGUGUCCAAGGAAGAUUCCAUCCCUUCGCACGUAAAGGGUGGAGUAGCUGAGAGGAGAGCCAAGGCCAUAGCCGUAGUUCAGGCCGUAGCCGAGGAGACCAUGACCGUAACCGUAGCUACCGACACCGUAGCCGAGGGAGCCAACACCAUAACCGUAGUAGGCUGGGACAGCGUGAGCAACACCAUAGGUAGCGACGGCUGGGGCAGCGUGGGCAACGUGGGCAACACCGUAGGUGGCCACCGCUGGGGCAGCGUGGGCAACAUGGGAGACGCCGUAACUAGCGACGGCUGGGGCAGCGUGAGCAAUGGUGGCAACAGCUGGGGCAGCGUGCACAGCGGUCACCGCUGGGGCAGCGGCGUAGCUGGCGACGAGUGGAGCAGACUGGAGAACCUUGGUCACAGCUGGGGCAGCGUAAGUGGCGACACGAGUGACGGCUGGGGCGGCGGCGUACGUCUGGACAACUGGAGCGGACUGGACCACCCUGGUGACAGCUGGGGCGGCAGCGUAGGUCACAGCUGGUGCGGCCUGGACCACCCUGGUGACAGCUGGGGCGGCAGCGUAGGUGACAGCUGGUGCGGCCUGGACCACCCUGGUUACAGCUGGGGCGGCAGCAACGACUUGAGCAGAACGGACAACGCUGGUCACGGCAGGGGCAGGAGCGUAGGUGGCGACAGCUGGAGUGGCGUGGACAGCGGUAACGGCUGGGGCAGCGUGCACAGCAGUCACAGCUGGAGCAGCGUGGUAGGUGGAAACGGUUCCGGUAACAGCUGGGGCAGCGACGGCGUAGCUAGCGGCUGGGGCAUAUCCGUAUCCGUAACCAACACCAUAGCCAGUGAGGCCGGAGUAGCCGACACCAUGGGACAGGACAUAAUGAGAGAGACCCAGACCACCAUAGCCGAGACCACCAUAGCCGAGGCUUCCCUUCGUGCCUGCAUCGUCAUCGCCUUGGCCACCAGCGCCUUUGCUGGUCACGUUGCCGGAGGUUACACCCUCGCCAGCAACCCUGGUUACGGUCUCGGCUAUGGCAACCUUGGCUAUGCUGGCCUUGGCUACGGUGGCCUUGGGCUCUCCCAUUACGGCCUUUCCCAUGGAGUUGGGUACUCCGGCCUGACUGGCUAUGGCGUUGGUUUCGGACACGGAUACGCCCCAGCCACUAGCUACGCCAUCGCCGCCCCAGCUGUUACCCGCACCGUUUCCACCUACCACGCUGCUCCAGCUGUGACUGCCGUCCACGCUGCUCCAGCGGUGACCGCUGUCCACGCCGCCCCAGCUGUCGCUACCUACGCUGCCGCCCCAGCUGUGACCACCGUGACCGCUGUCCACGCUGCUCCAGCUUUUGCUACCGUCCAUGCUGCUCCAGCUGUUACCACCGUUGCCCAUGCUGCCCCAGCUGUCGCUACCUAUGGCGUCACCCACGCUGCUCCAGCCGUCGCUGCCUACAGCGUUGCCCACGCUGCCCCAGCCGUCGCUACCUACGGAGUUGCCCACGCCGCACCAGUCCACUACGGCUACGGCGUUGGCUCCCUGGGCUACGGUGUCGGUCACUACGGUUACGGCCAUGGCCUCCUCGGCUACGGCCUGAACUACGGCUACGGUCUUGGCUCCCCUCUGAGCUACGCCAACCUCCUCCGCAAGAAGAAGUGUAAGUUCUAG